AUGAAGCCAUUAAUAUCGCCACUCCUCGGCCUCCUCUACACCACAACCGCCGCCCAAGCAAACCCGAUAUCAUCACCCAAAGCCUCUAAAAAAAACGGCAUAUCCCCCCAAUUAUUCUCUUCCCUCGAACGGCUAUCCCGCCUGGUAGACAUCUCGUACUGCGUCGGCACCCCAGGUACAGGGGGUCUCUCCCCGCCGUUCAGCUGUUCAAGCCGGUGCGGUGAUGUCGACAUAAGCGGGAGGCUGGAGCUGAUCAGGAGCUGGAACACGGGGUUUUUGAGCAUGGAGGAUAGCUGUGGGUUUGUGGCUUUUGACCAUCCUGGGGUGCAGCAGGACAGAAAAGAGGGCAAGAUUGUGGUUGCGUUUCGGGGGACGUAUUCGCUGGCUAAUACGAUUGUUGAUUUGAGUACUGUUCCGCAAGAGUAUGUGCCUUAUCCUGCUGACCCGGAUGGGGAUGGGGGGGACGAGAAGGGGAAAGGGCCGAGGUGUAAUAAUUGUACGGUUCAUAUGGGGUUUAUGGCUAGUUGGAAGGCGGCGAGGGAGAUUGUCGUGCCUGCGGUGGAAAAGGCGCGGAAGAGGUACCCUGGGUAUGGGGUGGAAUUGGUGGGACAUAGUCUUGGGGGUGCGGUGGCGAUGUUGGCUGGAUUGGAGAUGAGGGCUGGGAGGGGGUGGGAAGGGGUUAGGGUGGCGACGUUUGGGGAGCCGAUGGUGGGGAAUAAGGGGUUGGUGGAGUUUGUUGAUGAGGUUUUUGGGUUGAAGGGGGAUGUUGGGGGGGGUGGGGAGGAUAAGGCGUAUAGGAGGGUGACGCAUAAGGGGGAUCCGGUUCCGUUGUUGCCGUUGAGGGAGUGGGGGUUUAGGAGUCAUGCUGGGGAGAUCUUCAUCACGAAGGGGGAUUUGCCGCCUGGGCCGAAGGAUCUGAGGUUGUGCGAGGGGGAUAGGGAUAAAGAUUGUUUGAAUGGGGAGGAUGGGGAUGACGAGGAGGGGGAAGAGAGUGAUAAGGGGUGGUUUAGGGAGAUGGUGAACGAGUUGGGCGGGAAGGAGGAGGGUGAGAUGUGGGAGACGGAGACGGGGUGGCCGACGAGGUUUAAGUUAUGGCAGUUGUUGUUUGCGCAUAGGGAUUACUUUUGGAGGCUUGGGUUAUGUGUCCCUGGUGGUGAUCCUAUCGAUUGGGGGAGAGGGAGGUAUAACCUUACGGAGAGUGAUGAUGAGAUGCGGGAUCUGUGA